CCUGAAUUUCUCGCUGGCAACCAGUUAAUGCGACUUACAGCUGGCUGGGAUAUCAGAACAGAUAUAUUUCUUCCAGGAACCCAGGAGGAGCCGACUAAGUCUCUGGUACGGGGCUAACCCGCUGUAUAAUUAAUUGGCAAAGGAUAAAGCUUAAGCAAAGACUUUAAAUAUUUACAACUGCUUUAAAAUUGCUUUCUGAUGUCAUGUUUAUGGUAUUUGGUGGUAAACUGUUCCAUUCGUUAACUGUUCUAGGCCAAAAACUGUAUUUAUAUACAGUUACAUACACGAUAACGGCGAUUUUUCGUAUUUGAGAAAAUCGCGCAAAGGCUCUCGGGUGCACGCGGACCUCUUAAAAAAUUUAAAAACCCGGUUAAUUAAUAUUCAUUUGUCUAUYCGGCCUACUAAACCAGUAAAGUGAGACUGUGGUUAGUUAUUAUAGGUCAAACGUGAUGUUGACUCGCUGAAGUUGUCAGUAACAUUGCACCAUAAUACUUAGCGAAACAAGAAGCAAGAAAACUUUGAAGCAGGAAGAAUCACACCUCAUAAAAGACGUCACAAUUACUGAACACCUACCCGGACCAUCAAUCAGGCCACUCUACAUUUAAAAGGCACGUCGUGGUCUUCAAAGCAACCUGCAACUUGUAUUGAGCGCGCAUUGUGGGUAAUUCUCCGCAGGAUUUAGACUGUAGAGCUUUUCAAAAAGUCCAGAAACCUUGUAACGUGUAUAGUAACUGUGUGUCGGAGCMCUCAAUCGCUCUUCACAAGAUUUGCGACUACAUUGGGUCUUCAGAUCAACUUGUAUCAACGUCGUUUAUUGGAGCCCUGAAUUAUCCCGUCCAAACUGAUGACUGUGCUGUAUUAACUUAAUAUACUGCCCGCCCGGGGUCUACAAUUAUACUUUUUUAGCUCGUAUUAGCUGAACUUGCGUGCAGGACAUUUAUUAAGAAACUCCAAGCAUCAUGUUUAACGAUGGAAAUUCCACAUUGAACCCAUCAAAUCAUAGCAACCAAGGUGGAUACCUAAUUGAAGGCAAAGUAGCAAAAACUUYAGCCUACUGCAUUGUGUUUCUGGUUUCUGCAUUUGGAAACUCCUUCAUCAUCUGGGCCGUCUAUAACGACAAUAGGUUGAAAACAACUAUGAAUUUCCUCGUUGCCAACAUGGCUGUCAGCGACCUCAUCGUUACCAUUGUCUGCGUCCCCUUCAGGAUCGUAGAGAUCAACUACAAUUAUAGAUGGCUGAUCACUGGUGAAUUUGGCUUUUUCAUGUGUAAACUUACUUUGAUUUUAAUGAACCUGUGCGCUGCCGUAUCAUUAUACAGCGGUGUUUUCAUUGCAAUGGAUCGCUACUUUGCAGUCUCACAGCCACUUCGUUACUAUACAAUUUCCCAUCCACUUCGAAGAAGAUUUCGAACACCUUAUCUAAAGCGCAUUCUUCCUGGAAUAUGGACCAUUGCGAUCCUUGUAACGAUACCAUUCCAAGACGAGAUGCAUUUAAAUGUUCACAACAAGAAUCUUUAUUGCAUGUUUGAUAGCUACAGUCGGUUAAGUCGAUAUGUCAACAUAACUUUGUUAUUUGGUAUUCCAGUAACCGCAGUUGCGUCGGUUUAUAUAAUCAUCGUGUAUAAACUUCGUYUGCAUGAARUUCCUGGACAACAACUUGAUUUCAUMAGAAGAAAAAGAGAACUACAAAAUCAAAAUGUCUUGAAAAUGUCAGUUGUCAUUGUAGCUUUAUUGUACAUCUCUUGGACGUUUUAUAUUAUAAUAGUGGUGCUGGCUGUCGAAGGGAAGCUCCAUCACAUGAAUCCUAAACUUUCAAGUAAUCUUGUUUACAUUGCUAAUUUUAUGACUCAGUGCUUCUUCCUGCAUAAUUUUUUCAUUUACCUGGUAUUUCAUGACCUUUAUAGAAGGAAAUUUAAAAAAAUGGUGUUAAGCUUUUGUGGUGUUUUCUACAAAAGAAAAUCUAAAGAAAACCAUUUAGAAAUGGUAGCUUUUAAAUGAGGAAAACAAAACUGAGAGUUUUUGCGAAUGARCUAUCAGUAAAGASAGAUAAAUGGACGGCUGUAUGCAGCUUGAUAGAYUUGGAAACUCAAGACACAUGACGAUGCAAUGUACACAUUCCUUUCCUACGUAAUUCUUUGAAACAAUAAAUGCUCAAAUACUUUGUCAGCAAAAGAUAAUUGAAGAGGGUACUGGACCCACAGGGUCYUUGUAAAAAAACAUAUUUAUUCAUAUAUAGUAGAAGAUGACUCGAAU